AGUUUGCAUCCACUUGCUCCACCUGCUCCACCGUCACAACAGUAUCCGCCACCACAGCCUCACCACCACUUCAUCACCGCCAGUUCAUCACCAAAGUCAUCACCAUGGGAAGAGUGGUGGUGGCGGUAGUGUGGGUGUUAACUCUACUUCUGUGUCUUGAAUAUGGCAUAGGUGACCGCGAGAUACUGGUGAGCCCGGCCGUGGUGGAGGCGUCAGCGCGGCGUUUCAUCGAAGACCAGGAGGAGGAGCUGGCGAAGCAGUGUACGAGGACGAUGCUGGCGGCGUGGACCUAUCAGACCAACCUCACUACGCUGCACAGGUCCCGAUUGGUCAGCGAGCAGGAGAGCUUCAAGAGGCUGCAGGAGGACGCUCGACAGCAGGCUAACAGGUGGCGCGCCGUUGACCACCUGUUUAGUGACCAGCAAGUGAAGCGGAAAAUCAAAGUCAUGAGCUACCUGGGCCUCGCUGACCUGCCCUCGCCCUCCAUGAUCUCCUACCAACGAGUGCUAAGUGACAUGACGCACAUCUACUCGAGCUCCAACAUCUGUUCCCUUCAACGACCCUCCCGCUGCGGCCUCACUCCACAUGCAGGCAUCAACGAGGUUCUGUCAACGAGCCGGGACCCCGAAGAGCUAGCACACUUGUGGCGGGCAUGGCGGGAGAACACGAGGGCCAUCAGGAACUCCUACGCCGGCUUCGUCACCCUCGCCAACCAGGCCGCCAGAACCAACAACUUCGACAACAAGGGUGACCUCAACCUGGUGGAGUACGGCGGGGGUGCCUUCAGGGAGCAGCUGGCGGAGGCGUGGACGCAGCUGGAACCCCUGUACCGCCAGCUGCACGCCUACGUCAGGAGGAAGCUGAGAGAGGUGUAUGGAGCCCACCUGGUGCGUGAGAGGGGCCCCUUACCUGCCCACUUAUUAGGUGACCUCUGGGGGCAAGCCUGGCCUCUCUCCUACCUGCUGCCCUACCCUGACCUGCCCCCUGUUGACGUGACCUACGAGAUGAAGAGACAGGGAUACACGCCUCGCAGGAUCUUCGAAGUGGCAGACGGGUUCUUCGCCUCCCUUGGACUCUCGCGCGUCCCGUCAUCCUUCUGGCGCUCUUCCGUCCUGGAAGACCCCAAGGAUACCCCCUUGGUCUGCAGCGCCUCCUCAUGGGACUUCUGUGACGGCAGGGACUUCAGGGUUAAGCAGUGCACGAAGGUAAGCCAAGACGACCUGGUUUCGGCGCACCACGAGAUGGCCCACCUGCAAUACUUCCAACAAUACAGCCACCUGCCCUACCUGUACAGGAGGGGGCCAAACCCAGGGUUCCAAGAGGCCAUAGGAUUAGCCGUAGGACUCAGCGUGGCUACCCCGAGAUACCUUCGGCGGGUAGGACUCCUGGGGGCGGGUAGAGGCACGUCCUUGGCAUCACAGCUGAACACCCUGAUGCACCUCGCCCUGCGUCAACUGCCCUUUAUGCCCUAUGCGCGAGUCCUGGACCAAUGGAGGGAUGGUGUGUUGAACGGGUCCAUCCCACGUGAAGACUGGAACUGCGCCUGGUGGGAUCUGAGGGCAAGCGUGCAAGGGGUCAAGCCGCCAGAGGUCAGGACGGAGAGGGACUUUGACCCCGGCGCGAAGUACCAAGUGGCUGCUGACCUCUCUUACACCAGGUAUUUCGUCGCCUUCGUCCUUCAGUUCCAGGUGUACCAGGCGCUAUGCAUGGCCGCGGGGGAGUUCGAACCAAGGGACAACGGUACAUCACUCCACCAGUGCGAUUUUUACCAGUCAACCAAGGCGGGGGACGCACUGAGGUCCAUGAUGCAGCUGGGGGCCUCGUUACCCUGGGAGGAGGCCCUGGGGGUUCUGACGAAGGGGAGGGAGACUAAACUGAACGCUGUAGCAAUGCGCGAGUACUACAGGCCGCUGGAGGAGUGGCUGACGGCGCAGAACGAGAGGAAGGGAGAGUUUGUCGGCUGGCGGGCAGAUGGCGAAUAUUGUCUCUAUAAGAAGCCGUUUAGAGCAACAAACUGUGACCUGAUCUAAGGCCCCCUGAUACCUUAUACCCUCUCUUAUACCUCACCUUAUACUCUCCUUAUAUAAAAGAACUUCACUUUAUCUUCGAUUUUUCUCGUUCUGUUCUUUCCUUAUACUUAAUGUCUUCCUUAUCCUUGAAUUCUCUUUUACCUCACCUUUCUUAUACUUGACGCGAGAGAGAGAGAGAGAGAGAGAGAGAGAGAGAGAGAGAGAGAGAGAGAGAGAGAGAGAGAGAGAGAGAGAGAGAGAGAGAGAGAGAGAGAGAGAGAGAGAGGAGUUCAAUGCUUUAAUAAUUUUAGGCUAUAUUACUAACACAAAUAAAAUAAUAGAUAAUAAUAAUACUGAUAAUACGUAAUAAUUGGGUCCUUCACUGAGCUUGACCUGCCAUCUGGUGGCUCUGCUGGAGCCUCUGCCAGAGCCAAGCCUGCGGCUAGCUGGGGUCCAGUGAGGCUUAAUUGACAUUUUUCUGUACCAAACUAGCAAAACAUCAGAGAUGUAAUGAUCACUAUCAUGUUUACACCAAAAAAAUCUGAAUGUUGUACAUAAUUCAUGUCGUUGUAAUGAACACUGUUGGCAAAAUAAGAACAUUCAUCGAUAUAUCGUAGAACACUCCGUCCCGUGGUUAAUAGGGAUGCAUCAGUGCGGCCUCUUGGGUAAAUAUUUCCGUCAUGCAAGAAAAGUGAAGUCAAACAAGUCUGGCAUGGUAUCAUGCUCUCAAAGUCUUAUAGCAGUGGUGGAAGGUAGUGUUGAUGAUUUUGACACUCAACAUUCCUCCGGCUGGCACACCGCUGCCUCACACAAGAUGCAUUUCUCUGCCUGCCCAACCAGAGCGCGGGAGGUUGUUUACACUGCUGCUAAACAUAUCGUACACUGUUGGCAGCAAGUAUUAUACUUAUUUCAUAUCUCUAAUUUAAAUCAUAAUACAUACAUCUUUAGCAUCUUAUAAUAUUACAUUCACUAUAUGGAACUUUAAAGGAACAACAUAGAGGGUGUGACGAUUGUUAAUGUGGAAAAAAAAAAUAUUUAAAUUACCUAUUUCUUGUAUUUCCCUGUUUCUUAAAUACUACUAGUAAGUCAAGUGUCUCUGUACCAUAGCUAUGAGAAAAAUAUGUGAUUUCUAAAUAAUAGCAAAAAACUAUUAUGAAAAAUUAUUUGGACUUACGCCGCAUGCAUAUUUAUUUUGGUAGUUCUACCAGGGCCACCAGAUGGCAGGUAGAGGUCAGUGAAGGACCCAAUAGUAGUAGAAAUAACGUCAACCUCUUUCGUUAUAGUUCUAAGUUAAGUUUUACCUUUAUUAGUGUUGUUGUUGUUGUUGCUAAGAGCCGCGGCGAUCUAGUCGCUCACAUGAGCCCUGGUGUCAUCCUGUUAGGGCCUCACAGGCGCGUCAGUUGCCUCGUCUUCCUGAGGAAGGCGCAGGUGAGGCGGAUGACUGAUUCCUGUCGUGAGAGGUAGACGCCUGCCCCCGCCAGCAGCGUGGGCAGGUCGAAGGUGGGCACAUCCAGUGAGCGGGGUUAGUAUCGUAGCAGCACUCGCUGGGAGUGAAAGAGGGGACAGUGCAGCAUGAGGUGCUCAAUGGUCUCAUCGACGGUCCUGCACCAGGGGCAGUGAGGGUCGGGGACCAGGCGCAGGCGGUGGAGGUGAGCGCCGAGUGUUGAGUGGCCCAGGUGGAGGCGCAUGAGGGCCACGUCUAGGAUGCGGGACGUUUUCCUCAUCCACGGCUGUGGGGAGGAAUUGGUGCGGUACUGGCCCAUUGAGGUGACGCGGAGGGUGUUGACAAGCGUGUCGUCCUAUGAGGCGUAGCAGAUGCUGGAGAUGGGGUGUUUGGCCGUAGAGAGUGGGAUGGGAAGCGGCGUAAUAUUUACCUCAAUGAAGGCCAUCCUGGCUCCGCGAUGUCGUUGCCUCUUAUGCCUGAGUGGGAUGGCACCCACUGCAGGGUGAUCUCCCAGCCCUCAGCUGUCAGGUGGAGGAGGGCCCGUUGGAUGGUUUGGGCCAGGGCCAUCGACGAUGUUGGGUGGCGGGAGAGGAGAAGGUGGAGUGACGAGAGGGAGUCGGUGUAGACGACGGCCUUGCCCCUGGCGUGGGUGGUGUGGAGGUAUGCGAGGGCCUGGUGCAGGGCGUACAGCUCAGCAGUCAGGACGUCGGUCUCUGGGAGGAGUCUCCAUGUCCUGCAGGUGCUGUUGACGGGGUCAUAUAUGGCUGAUGCCGUGGAAGGUGACAACGGGGACUGGGAGCCAUCUGUGUAUAUUUUCAGGUGGUGGUGGUAGAGGGAUCUGUCCAGCUUGAGGAAGUUGCUGAGGGUGUCACCGCCCAACAGUUGAUAGAGAUCGAGGGACUUUUGGGCGAGGAGCCAGGAAACCUACGAGCCUAACAAUAUUUACCUUUGAAUUAACUCCUCUUCCCUAUCAAUUAACUUGUAUCGCACAAAAGUAACUUGAGUAUAUAGAAAUAUAGUUCAUUGGCCAUUAAAAACAGUACUAACGCAUCUGUCAGAAAUUUCCGUAUAAAACUACCUUCCGUCAAAUCAUAUUUUCAAUAGGUGGCGUGCACGUGAGUAACUGUUCACCAUCGCAACGGGGUUACUAUCGGGUUGGAGGUAGCUGGUAGUCUGUAAAACGACUUGUCGGGGAACUUGUUCGCUUACUGCCGCACCCCAGCAGUGCACAAGUUAAUGGCAUUUCGCCAGAAAGCCUGUCUUCCGACACCAACGCGGAAAAGAUCAAAAGAAGAAGGGUGGUUUGUUUUGCCUCCAACUCGGCCCUGAGCUUGAACUUGAUGAGUUGUUCACGCAACCGUACAGGGAGAAAUCAUCGUUAAACUCUUCGUCGGGUGGCAUUAAGGGUCCCCUCUUCCUGUGCCAGUUCCUGUCCCCCCUCCUGCACCACGACACCCUUUUUAAGGACGCUCCACACCCGAGCGUCGUCCUGGUCCUGCAACAACCUCUGCCACCUGUUUUAAGAUAGGCUGCAAGGCGGCGGGAUGGCCCGGUGGCAACACUCCCUACUACGAUCAUAUAGCACUAAGCUGAUACUACUGGCAAACACAUCUACAUUGUCGUGCUGUGCCUGACAAACACACUGAGCAAGGUUGUGGAGAAAAUCAUCACUUGAACGGUCACGCCACCUCACAGGACGCUUGCUAUUUGCUCUUGUGUUGCAGUGACUUGACAGGACCGCGUGAGCCCCGAAUAUCGUUGCAUGGGUCAGCAUUGCACUAGCAUCAACGGGGACAGACACGUCAAGGGAAAUGGGUGCGUGGUCUGAUGGUAAGGAGGGGCUGUGAUGAACGUCAAACGCAUCAAUAUAAUCGAUAAUACUAGCCGAAACGAUGAAUGCAUCAAUUUUAAAUAUCCAUUCUUCACCCUUUUUAUAAGUCUAUUUGCUGGUGUAGUGUCUGCUGGGUGUUUUAAAAUUAUUCACAAUCAUUAGUUCAUUAUCGGAACACAGGCCACCUAAAACAUGUGCAUUUGCAUUACGGUUCUCUACAGGGUCAGGUGUGUACUUGGAGGAAGAAUACAAAGAGGGGGCAUGAAGUCACAAAAGUGAAACCAGCUUGGCUCCGCCCCAUCCCCGCCACUGAGCUCAACCUGCCAUCUGGUGGUCCUGCUGGAGCCUCAGCCAAAGUCAAAACUCUGGCGUGCUGGGGUCCAGUGAGGCUUAAUUGACAUUUUUCUGUACCAAACUAGCAAAAUAUCAGAGUUGUAAUGUAAUGUAAUAAUGUUUACAGCAAAAAAUCUGAGUGCUGUACAUAAUUCAUGUCGUUAGAACGAACAUUGUUGGUAAAAGAAGAGCAUUCAUCGAUAUAUACUAAAACACUCCAUCCCGUGGUUAAUAGGAAUGCAUCAGUGCGGCAUCGUGGGUAAAUAUUUCCGUUAUGCAAGAGAAGUCAAACAAGACCGGCAUCGUGUCAUGCUAUCACAAUCAUAUAGUAGUGGUGGAAGGUAGUGUUGAAAAUUUUGCCACUCAACAUACCCCCGGUUAGCACGCCGCUGUCUCGCACAAGAUGCAUUCCUCUGCCUCUCCAAUCAGAGCGCGGAAGGUUGUUUACACUGCUGUGAAACAUUUCGUACGCUGCCAGCAGAAAGUAUUGUUACACCAGAGGGUGUGUUUUGUGUGUUUGAUGGCAAAGGGUACAGUUUGUGGGGCGGAGGAUUUCAGAAGAUAGCGUGGGGUGGACAGCGGGGUGAGGGAGUAGUAAGCGGAAGCCGGAGACUGGGAGACGCGUGACUGGGUUUGAGUCUAGUGUGCCCGUGCUUGCUGCCUGUGUUAGUGUUUGCCUGUCUGUGUUCCUGCUUUCAGAGUGCCUUAUAGCCUGUACUGUGCCCUGUGGAUUAGUGUAAAGUGGUUGGUGCCUGUGAUUAAAGCGAGAAACAUUUGUGCUGUGUGUAUUCCUUGCCCUGCCUUGCCUCCCUCGUGGUGCGGCCUGCUGUGUGUGUGGCGUCCUGUUGCCGCGCGUUCUCGGGCUGUCCCUGGGUUCACGACCCCCGUGUGUUGUUCGGUACGCCGUCUACCUGCCCGUGGUUGAUGUGGUGUGUGGGGUGUAGCGUAACACUUGGUGUCAAAGGAGUGGGAUAAGUGAACAGUGAACAGUGAGGCGCUCCGAGUCAUCACGGCGUCCCAAGAUGGCCGCCGUGAAAGGGAAAAGGUGGGCAAGGUUGAGGCUGGCACGAGUGAUGUGGAACCAGGCCAGAUGGACUUGAUCGCUGCCAUGCUGGUCAGUAUGAGGCAGGAAAUAGCAGUGGACCGUGAGGCACAGGCUCAGAAGGCACGCGAGCAGGCUCAGAGGACCGAUGAGCUGGCCAGGAGAGCGGACGAACAAGCCCGCCAUUUUGUCGAGGUGCUGCAGAGUAACCUCACGUCCUUGAAAGCGGAAACACAGCAGUACACGGACCGGCCAUGUGACAGCGUCAAGAGUGAACUGCUGGAGAAGAUGCAGACUCUGCAAGGUGAGGUCCAGGGCCUGAGGGAGGAGGUGAAGGCGGAGAGGCAGCUACGAGAGGUGGCACG